AACCUCCGAUAUAAGAAAAUGUGGAGCAUCUUCUCAAGCAAGGUUUUUGGAUGACACAGCUACCAGAAGGUCCAGACUACCAAACCAGUCCCGGUGAAUCUUGAAAGAUAUCCGUCCAAGUUAGUAGAUUUGUUAAAAUGUCUGGUGAGUAUUUGCAAACGGCAGCAGCUAGUAACUCUGGUUUCGCAGAACCUGUCCCAAAACCUCAGAUCGUAUACCGCUGCAAAAAAUGCCGGAGAAUUGUUGCCUCAGAGGAGAACAUAGUUCCCCAUGAGCGAGGAAAGGGAGAGCAAUGUUUCAAAUGGAAAAAGAGAAGCAAUGACCCUGGGAAAAUAGAAAAGGAAGUAGCCGAAUGCUCCUCCAUAUUUGUGGAAUCUAUGAAGUGGAUGCAAUCAUUACAAGAAGGUUCCGUGGAAGAUAAACUUCAGUGCAUGGGAUGUAAAGCCCGCUUGGGUUCCUUCAACUGGGCAGGUAUGCAGUGCAGUUGUGGAGCCUGGGUGACUCCUGCGUUUCAGUUGCACAAAAGCCGAUUAGACAAGUGUGAAGUAGGACUACUCUAGCCCUUUUUUUUUAUUUCAUGAUAAAAAACUGAGACAGUGAAGUAUCAUGAGAAUAAAAACUGGUUGCAUAUAGUUACAUGAGUUUAGAUGUACAAAUGAUUGAUUACGAAUUCAAUAAUAUUAACCUCACUAAUCCCAUGUGGGAGUUUGUGAUUAGCUUGGUUAGAUAGGACCCAUUAUUAGACAGACGGACCCCAUGUAAAUUGACGAAUUGUGAACUGACAUUUGGCGUUAGUAAGAGAAGGUUAGUAAGAAGUGUUAGUGAGUGUAGUAUUACUCUUAUGAAUUUCCUUAUGAUUUUCACCCUUUUAUUGCUUGAUGGAAUAUGCUGCAUUUGGUGACUUGGUAUUUUAAAUUCACCCUUUUUCUUUC